AUGAGUCCUGUCGCUGCGCCGCAUCUCCAUAACACUCAAUGGGAAUACAACUUGAUAACGACUAAGAAGCCCGGACUGGGCAACCCCGCUAUUCCCAAUUACGCGGGCAAACUGCUGUCGGGCUCUAGCGGCAUCAACUACGGUCUGGUGACUCGGGGUCAAUCCGUUGACUGCGACUUCUGGGCGAAGCCAAUUGGAGACGAGCGGUGGAAUUAUGCGAAUAUGUUCAAGUUCUUCAAGAUGGUGCAGACUCAUCACGAUCCGACCGGUAGCCCUGAACAGUACGGGUUCAAUGGGCCGAUUUCGACUACGGCUGCGGCUCGGAUCUACUCGCUGUGA